UAUCUGGUUGAGAAUUUUGGCUUGCCGCGAAGUCGCAUAUUCAACUCUCGAGACCCUUUAUUCUAUGCCGACUUAAUGGCUGCUACGGACGGCAGAGGGGCCGACCUGGUUCUAAACUCCCUCUCCGGUGAGCUUCUGCACGUAUCCUGGAGAUGCGUUGCCGAGUUUGGCAAGAUGCUCGAGAUUGGAAAACGAGAUUUCAUCGGCCGAGCUAUGCUCAGUAUGGACGCUUUUGAGGCGAACCGAACAUUCCACGGAAUCGACAUGGCGCAGAUGGCUGUUCAAAGACCAGAGUCCUGCCGGAAGCUUCUCGAGCAAUCCAUGGAAUAUUAUCAGAAGGGUGCAAUCCGACCGAUAGCGCCGACUAAGAUGUUUCCAGCCAGCCAUGUUGUUGAAGCGUUCAGGUACAUGCAGAAGGGCCAGCACAUCGGCAAGUUAAUCGUUUCCAUGCCCGAAGUUGCUGCAGAGCUCAAUCUCACGCCGACUGCGCCGGAUUUGAGCUUCCGAGAUGAUGCAGCUUAUAUUCUGCUCGGAGGGCUCGGGGGCCUCGGCAAGGCCAUCUCCAACUGGAUGGUAGAGCAAGGCGCUCGUCAUCUUGUCUACUUGUCGCGGUCGGGCGGCGAGUCGGACGAUGACCAGGCUUUCAUUCGUGAACUAGAGGUGCAGGGCUGCUCCGUCCAGACAUUCAAGGGAAGUGUAGCCAGCGCCAAGGGCGUCACUUCCAUGGUCCGAAGUGUUGCAAAACCUAUCGCUGGAGUUAUGCAUCUGUCGAUGGUACUGAAGGACCGGAGCCUGUUGAAGCUCUCCCAUGAAGAUUGGACCGCAGCUAUAAAGCCCAAAGUCGACGGGGCCUGGAACAUCCACAAUGCACUUGGCGAUACUCCUCUCGACUUCUUUAUUCUUUUCAGCUCGCUCUCCUGCGUUGUCGGGCAAGUUGGACCAGCCAACUACGCCGCCGCGAACGCCUUCCUCACUGCAUUCACGCAAUACCGGCAUUCGCUCGACAUCGGUGUCAUGGAAGACGUAGGCUACGUUUGCGAAAUCCCGGCCGAGGUGGUCAUCGGCCUCCGCAGCACCAAGCCGCUCUCGGACCCCAACAGUCGCGCCAUCUGGCGUCGCAAUGUACGCAUGCGCAUCUCGCACCGCACGGUGUUAUCGACACGAGCAGCAGCAGCAGCCCCGACAACGACGGCUUGA